AGUUAGAAAACACAAAAUAUGUUUGAUUUUAUUCGUAGUUGUCGGGAAUAAAAAAAUUGUUUAGUUCAUGAAGCAAGGCGAGGCAAAAGGUACCACAAAGUUUGCUUAGAAAUUUAUCGUAUUUUAAAGACAACACCAAGAGUUGGGGCGUGAGACCAUUGAACAGUUUCCAAUUGUGAAUACGAUGCAUAAUAUUAACGUGCAUGGACGCAGUCCCAGUCCGAAGAAGAGCCGACAGGAAACCAGUCGCAUUCUGCAGGCCCUGAAGCGCUUGCAUUCCCAGUCGCCUCAAGUCGAUGAAGAUGACCGCUGGUCGGGUCAAACCAAGACAUCACACCGACCUCGUCCCUUGACAAGCCUCGAUCAGCUGCAAGAGCUGCGGCUCACACGACAUCGUGCCCAACAGCUGCUCAUGCAUCCGCUUUUCGAGCAGGCAGUUCGCGGCUGCUUUGUCCGGCUGAACAUCAAAGGCGAGGGCGAGAGGCCUGAGUUCCAUGUGGCUGAGGUAAUGGGGGUUGCGGAGCUUAUGGUUGGUUACUACGUGGACACCACCCCCACCAAUAUUGUGCUGCUGGUGCGUCUCGAUGAUGCCAUAGCACAAUACGAGAUCAAUGCCCUCUCCAACCUCGCCUUCCUACCGAAAGAGUUUGAUGAGUGGCGAGCCACUUGGGCACGUCUGGCUCUCGAAUUGCCGACGACAGAGUCGGUUGUUCGCAAAAAGAUCGAGCUCUACAACGCUCUUAAUAGCGAAAUGAAGCGGGCCACUUUUCUCAAGCAGAACUGGGUCAUGCCACAGCGUCCCACACCAAAGGGUGGCCUCAUGCAGCGAAAGGGCGGCAUCUAUCCUUGGGACCUUAGAUCCGAGAUCGAGCAGCUGAGAAUGUCUUUGGCUUCGAAAAAGGAAGACCCCGAGCUGCAAAAUGCUGGCAGUGCUCCAUCAAAUGAAACCCUUGUCGAGCAUAUUGUAGGGCAGGGGUCGGGCGCAGAGCCGGAGUCCGAGCUGGAAGUGAAGAACGAACAAGUGGAGGCUACGCAGAGCUACAGUGAAGGUUGGUCGCUGUAUUAAAUGGAUCUGUAAAAAUGUUUGAAUCUGAACCACAAAUGCCACACAUAUUUCUAGCCCAAAUUUCGGAGUUAAGUGAACUUGCAAAGAUUCAAUAAAGACACGAUGAUAAAUAAA